AAACAAUAUUGACAACGCCAACGCAGAACUACAAACAGCCGCGAAGCUACAGCGUCCACAAACGGACAAAACUCUUCGUUACCAUAGGAAUUCCUUGUAAAUACUACAUGGACAUACGAAGGGAAUCGUUCUUCUAAAUAAAAAAGACAGAAAAUGAUCUAAUUAUAGAUUGCUAAUGUGAUGUGGUGAAUAGCUUAAGUUUCUUCACCUUCACUUAAAGUGGAAGUACAGCUGCUGUGAGGAGAGACGAGCGUAACAAUUCAAUCAUGAUAUACGUUCGAAGAGAAAAACUGAAAUUCGUUUUCAUGGUGGCUGCCCUCAUAAUUUCCAUAAGCCUUGUCCUCAGACUCCUGCAGACAAAUCCUGAUUUAACAUUAUCAGAUUUAGUAGAAAGGUCAGUGGGAGGAGGAGUAGCUUCUAUCAAGUCGAAACCUGCUAAUCAUAAAGAUGAUGGUCCUAAAGGCAAAUGCGGCCUCCCAAAACCAUGUCCUGGAAAUGACUAUAGCUUUAAGGUUUCCAGCGGUGCAACAAACAUCGUUGGACCACGAAUAUGCUUUGAGGGGAAAAUAUUAAUAGAGAAAGACACACGAGGAAACCGACAAGGAAUUAAUAUUGUCGUUAUUAAUGAAGAAACAGGUGAACACGUCAGCACUGGCAGCUUCAAUAUGUGGAACGGAAAGGUUGAGGAGCUGAUAGACUUUCUGAAGUCAAUCAAGGAUGGUUCUAUCGUGUUGAUUGCCUCUUUUGAUGAUCCAGCCACAAAACUCAAUGAUGAAGCAAGGACACUUAUUGCAGACCUUGGCAGUGCAUAUAUUUCCCAGCUGAAAUUCAGAGAUAACUGGGUCUUUGUGGGAGGGAAGAAAACCAUGGCCCAAAUCUCUUUUGAGCAGCACAUGAAGAAUGAAAGGGAAACCAAUAAGUAUGACAGCUGGCCAGAAAUGAUCGAGAUGGAGGGUUGCAUACCUCAAAUGUUCUGAUUCUACCUACACUGUAAAAAACAAUUUGUUGAGUCAACUUAAAAUAAUUUGUAACCUGGCUGCCUUAAAAUUUUAAGUUCAGUCAACUUACAAACAGUUUAUUCAACUUGAAAUGUUAUAAAUGUUGAAAUUAUACUAAGUGACAACUUAGUAUAACUGAGUUGAAUCAACUUAAAAUGUUAAGGCAGCUGGGUUACUUACCCAUCUGUUAAGUUUAGCAAACACAAAUAUCUAAGUUGAUACUAAGUGCAACUUAACAUUUCAAGUUGAAUAAACUUAUUUUAGUUGACUGAACUUAAAAUUUCAAGGCAGCAGAGUAACAAAUUAUUUUAAGCUGACUCAACAAAUUGUGUUUUUUAUUUUUUACAGUGUACACCACAAUUUGUUCUGCUAAAUAAUGCCUUUUAAAUAAGGCAUCAGAUAAUGUUUUUGCACCUACAAUAAUACAAGCUGAGCCACAAUGGAUUUCUGACGUGAUGCAUGAUACUUCAGACUGUCCUAAAUGUAGAGUAAUUAACGUUUGUCCACUGUUGUGGAUUUCGAUUAAUAUUUCUGGGUCCAUAUAUGCACUGUGGUGUUGAAACCUCUAUAAUAUAAUAUAUAAUACAAUAUAAUACAAUGUAAUAUAACUUAAUAUUAUAUAUAAUAAAAGAUUGUUUUAAUUUUUCAUGUAAUAAAUAAUUAUUUUUGUUGGGGUUUUUUCUCUGGGUAUUUUUUAAAAUGUCAAAAAGUUAUAAUUAAUGUUAUAUUGUGAUAUAUGUUUUAUUUAUGAUAAUAGGUAUAUG